AUGCUUCUUGUAUUACAAACACAUUUUCACCAGGAAUAUCAUCACCACAAGCAGAAUUAUUUAUACACUCAUCUAUAUCUUCAAAUUACAUUGAUCUACAUUAUUUGGUUUUUGUAGUUUAACCAAUAGGGUAAAGAAGAUAUAUGUACAAUCUGCUUCGCCGUAACAUCCAGAUCAUAUAACUUGGGCAAUGUUAAAGAGGAUACAGUUAGUUCCAUCGGUUUUAUUGGAACUGUAAAUUGGCUGUUAAUGGAGCUACAGUUUUUGGUAAUUGAGGCUAUAUCAGAUAAAAAAUAUAUUAAAUAUAAUUUUAUAGCGAGUCUCCAUUUACUAGAUGAAAGACUUGUGAUUACUUUUUUUAUCCAAAUAGUAGUGGUCUUUAUUAAAAAGUGACUGAUUCAACUAGUUUAACUAAAGUGGCAUCACAAUCUUGUGCUAAUUAGAAAAUAGAUUCAACUAAGAUAGAAGCAUAGAAGAAAAUCAUUACAUUGUCAUUGUCUUAAGACAAACUGCUAUUUUCAAACUAGAUGUUAAAAUGGCUGUGACAAUAAUGGAAUACAUUUGUCACAUCAUUUAUUGCUUGACGAUAAUGGGGAAGCGUUGCUCUUACUAGAGCCAACACAAAAAAUAAUUUCUUUGAGCAAGAAUA